AUGUCUUCUGCUCCUGGAACAGGCGCAUCUCAACCAGAACCUUAUGUGGCUCAUAAAUGGCUUUUUUCGUCCGAAGAGAUGAAGAACGCGAAAAGCAUUUCCGAAGGUUUUACCGAGGGCAAGGAACUGUACUAUAGACAAUUAGCUACAAGGUUCAUACAAGUAAUGGUAGACAGACUGAAUGAAGCUUACAAAGACAGAAUGGGACCUAUAUCACAGUAUUGUAUGUGUGCCGCCACCAUUCACAUGCAUAGGUUUUAUUAUUUUCACAGUUUCAAUGUUUUUGAUUAUAAAGAUAUUGCUGCCGCAGCGCUCUUCUUAUCCGGCAAGAGUGAGGAAAGCCCCAGAAAACUCGAGGAUAUUGUACGAGUUUGGUGGGAGAAAAAAUAUACAAAGCAUCCUGUCAUUCCACCUACGCAUAUUCCUGAUGCAAGAGCUUACAUAGUGCAGCUUGAGAAUAUCAUUUUACAUACAAUAGCUUUCGAUCUGCAAGUGGAUUUACCUCAUCCUGUUGUAUUGAAUGUAAUGCACCAGAGCGUUGGUCAGGCCGUGAAUGAUCAUGGCAACAAAAAACUCACAAAAUGCGCAUAUUUCUUUGCCACAGAUGUCCUGUGUGUUACCAAUUGGGCCAUUCGAUAUUCAGCCGCUGCGAUUGCUAUCUGUUGUGUGCACAUAGUUUGUGCUUGGUGUCGACAUGAGAUUCCCAAAACGCAGGAUGGCAGUCACUGGUUUUCUCGGGCCGAUCCGACCAUGACUGAGGCUGUCCUCAAAGAAAUGGCUGAUGAGUUUGUCCAGAUCUAUCAUAGUUGUAAAGGAAAGCUGGCCUUCCAAACCAGCAAGUACUUACAAGCAGGAGCUUUUGAGCCUACCCCAGUACCUGGACCCGGAUCAACUUCGAAUGCAGUCCCGAUCUCCCCUACACCUCUGUUGGAGCCACUACCUCCCCCACCUCCACCACCUUCUAUUCCAAGAAAAGUGGACCUUAGCGAGUACAAGGAGCGUGUUAAGCUAACACCGAAAGAGAGUGAAAAGGCUGGCUCGACUGAGAAGCCUCGGAAGAGUUUUAUUCCGGACACCUCACAAGUUGGCAAAAUGCGUGAGUUACCUACGAUAUCUCUACCAGGAAUGGAGCCUUUACCAAAAGACUCCAAAAGAGAUGAACGUAGAGACGAGGAAAGACGAAAGGAACGAGAAAAAGAUAAAGAGAAACGUAGAGAAGAAAAAGAGAGACGGCGUGAUGAAAAGCCUGAAGAUAAAGAUAGACGGCGAGAAGAGGAAAAGAGAAAACGUGAACAUGAAAGAAGUGCUGGACAUGGCAAGGAUGGCUAUGGAAGUUACAAAAAACCGAGGACUGAUGUAAUGCCCUCUUCAACACACCAUUCUGUAAACACCAAUGGUUACCAUAAGGGAUCGCAGUCAAAUCUUACUCGGAUAUCGAGUGACAAACCAUUAUCAUCAAGUGCUCAACACCCAAUGAUUCCACGGAUAUCUUUAGCUUUCGAGCCAACGGUAGCUUUAUCGCCCCCGCCACCCGCACCCUCUCUCCCGCAGUUCCCUACUCUCCCUACUCGUAACGAGUUAGAAGAUGGAGAAGUGGAUGAAUAA